AACAACUCCACCUAGAUGCAGAUGGAAGUUAAAAAAUGAAAAGCAAACGAACAUAGUUGCAUUCAGAUGAUUCAUCUGGAUGCAUGAACGAAAUGAAGAAACGAACAACACCCAGAUGGAGCAUCUGGAUGAUACAUCUAGAUGGACCGCAUUUUCUAGAUGUACAAACGAACAGGGCCAAAGAGGAACAUGAGUUACAAGAGUCACUGGCCAUUACCUGAUGAUUAAUUCAUGUUAGAAACAAACAGAUCAGACUACGUGACCCAUGUUCUUCUCACAUGUUCCCACGUCGUUUAACCCGAGAAUUCCUCUGUUCUUGAGCUUCUCCACUACAUAUAGUAACGGUCAAGAACCUAUAGAGCAUCUCAACCAAAAUAUAGUAUUCUCUUAAAUAAUUAUUCAUGGAGGGUUUAGAUUCAGUUUUUCUGUCUGAUCGAACCACACACCAGCCGGUUCGAUCUGUGAGUCUUCCUUCAAGAAUCCAUCCACUCUCUAUUAAACUCAGAUCAGCCUUGAACCGGCUCAGUAUCUGGAAGAGAUCCUCUUCCUCAAUCUCAGUUUCAGCUUCUUUCGGGUCCGAGACGCUUCUCGUUGGACUAGUGAACCUCACCGAGCUCUACGGUUGCGUCCACGAGCUACUUGAGUCUCCUUACGUGAGACACACUCUACGUCACCACCAGAAGGGGAAACUUCUAGAUGAGUCUUUAAAUGUAUCCGUCGUGUUGCUGGACGUGUGUGAGGCUGCAAGGGAGGUGGUUGCCACGAUGAGAGAGCACAUGAUGAAUCUCAAAUCAGCUCUGCGUAGGAAAGGUAGCGUAGAGAAGGAGGUUAGGGCAUAUGUUAACGUGAGGAAGAAGGCAAAGAAAGAAAUCUCCAAACACCUCAAUGGACUUAAGAAAAUGGAAACUAGAGAUAUUUCCACAAAUAUAGAUCAAGAUCCAGCGGUAGCAUCUACGAGUGUUCUGAGAGAGACGAUCGAAAUCUCUGUCUCGAUCCUCAGGCAUCUUUUGUUGUUCCUAUCGACAACACCACCACCACCUCCAGCAAGGAAAAUCAAGAACAUCAUUGGUCUUUUUCCGAUUCCUUUAGCAUCGAGGUCAUUGGCAGAUAGAUAUCUGGAUCUGAUAAAAGAAGCGAAAAAUCUUGAUGAUGUCUUUUUAGGUUCUCUUGAGAAGAACAAGAGGAGAGAUAUCGUUGAAGAGAGCUUUGGUGAUCUGGAGGCAGAGCUGGACUCAGUUUUCAAGUGUUUAGUCAAGAACAGAGUACUGUUCCUUAAUAUCCUAAGUAACUGUUGAGACCUGAGUCUUUUUUUUUUCCUCCGAGCUUUUCUUUUUGUCAAUCAGAUGUAUACAUCUUUGUCCUCAAGUUGUUUCUCUUGCAAGAAAAAGAAAACAAGAUCUCAGUUUUGCACUAGUGUAAACCGAUUUUUGUAUCAUCUAGACCUCAUGUUUGUAGUACUAAUGUAAAAUAACAAAUUAAACUCAAAUUAUAUAAUAAAAUAUUGAUGUUAAGUUUAAGGAUUAUUUUGGGCAUCUAUAAUAUUAUUUGUGAAGUUAUUUUUUCAACAACAAAGAUAUCAUCUAGUUAAUGUUAAUUUGGGUAUUGUGGUUUGGGUGUCUACAUGUGUGACUAAUUAAUGUUUUACCAAUUUUUUUAAAUGGUCGAUAGACUGGUGAUUUGCAUAGGAAAUACUUCUUUCAAACUUUUAAAACGAUGUGCAUAAAGUUGACAAAUUUUAUAUAUCAAAAUAUAAGAGUAAGAUUACAUUAGCUACUAGCUAGAGUGACGAGAUUCAGUGUUCAUCAAUCAUCACAGCUUAAUUGUUUGUAGAAUGGCAUUUUCUGAAACACACAACUCUACUUUAGACACUUAUUAUUUUAUUUCUUCGAGCUAGCUCUUAUCCGAAUGAUAAUUGGUGUAGGAAUCUGAUAAAGUUAAAGCAAGAUCAUUGGCAACUUUCUUUUGUUCUUUUGUAACCGAUUUUCAUAACAUACUUUCUUCUAGCUAGUUCUUAUCCGAUUGAUAAUUGGUGUAAGAUUCGUACAAGUUUAGCAAGAUCAUUAGCAAUGACGUGGGACAUGCAAGUACUCUCUUUAUCUAUUUCGUGAAGGAAUAUGUGUUUUAGAUCUUUAUAUAUUAAUAAGAACAUUAGCAUUGCGUGAUGGAACAUGGAAUAAUUGGUGCCCACACACCUAAAAGCAAAACACAGUUCAACUAAAAAUGUUAGGCUUUUUACACGUGUACCUGGCGCAAGGGACAAUAUACGUGGGGCAAAUCCAUGAUAUGGAUAUUUUGUGAUAUGAAUCUACAAAUUAAGCAUAGCGUUUAUACACGUGUAAUAAUAUAAAUCAAUAGUAGUCUCAAGAGAGUAAACCAUUGCUGGAAGAUUUACUAUGGUUGGUCGAUUUAAAGAUACCGUCUCACUUGUCAAAAAAACAUCUUUUAGUUGAGAAGUCUAUUUUAAUUGUGUCAACUAUAAAAUAUGAUAUUGCUUUCAAAAAAGAAAAAAAAACAUAAAAUAUGAUGAUUCAAUUUUAAAUUAUUUUUCAAAAACAUAUGCGUCUAUA